UACACUUCUUAUCAAAAGCCAAAGGUCAUAUGUGUACUCAUAUACAGACGCUGAUAUCUUUAGUUCUCGUAUUCAUUUCUUUGUUUGUUCGUCCGGUGCCAUGUGCUGUGGUAAAUAUUUGUGGUGCCUGGUGUUUCUGGCCGUAAGUUAUGUGAAGUGCAGGACUAUUUAUUUGGAGCAUGAUUCGCCAACGCGAGAAGAGAUAGCCUUCCUAAAGAAAUAUGGGUACAUGGAUGACCAGCUCGAUGUGGAUUACUCCGGAGACGCCACGUACACAGCGGACUCUAUCUCGGAAGCUCUGCGGAAGAUGCAGGCCUUCGCUGGUCUGCCGCAGACCGGCUCCUUGGAUUCCCAAACUAGGAAGCUUUUCAAGAGAAAGCGUUGCGGAGUUAAAGACAUUGAUAAUAAGUCAAGCAGAAAUAAGAGAUACGUGAUCUACGAGGGAUGGCCGAAGAGGAACAUCACAUGGAAUGUUAUUAACGGAGCCUCAACCCUUCCCAAGUCCCGGGUGGAGAAGCAGAUGGAAGCGAGCCUGGCCAUCUGGGCGCCGCAUGGGGGUCUCUCCUUCACCAGGGUCGACCGCAGCAGCCAGGCCGACAUCAAGGUCUCUUUUGGCAGGGAGGAGCAUGGAGACGGGUUUCCUUUUGACGGGCUAGGUCACGUGGUGGCCCACGCGUUCCCCCCACCUUCCGGGAGCCUGCACUUCGACGAUGACGAGCUCUGGGGCGACGACCCCGACAAGGAGGAGCUGGCCAACAACGACAUCACCGACUUCUUCGCCGUGGCGGUGCACGAAGUGGGCCACGCGUUGGGAAUGUGCCACUCGGACGUUGAAGAGUCUGUAAUGUAUCCGUAUUAUAAGACCCCAGUGGAGAAAUUGCAUUGGGACGAUAUUAUGGGCAUGCGCGAGCUGUAUAUGAAAGAUGUGGAGCCAAUGCCUGAAGUGAUUGAAGCCCACACAGCCCCGCCAUUUGCGCCUAAGUUCACGCUAGCAGACCGAGAGGCAGAAAGAGACAGCGUUAUGGACGAAGAGGAGAGUGAGAACGAGAUACCAGACCUCUGCUUCACUAACUACCAGACUAUCCAGGUCAUACAGGGGAAGAUCUGGGUGUUUGAAGAAGAGUGGGUGUGGGUGCUUCAUGACAGGAAAGAAAUUGAGGUCGGGUACCCUAAAAGGUUCCACGAGAUAUUCAGGGGUCUGCCGGCGCAUGUCAACUCCAUCAGGACGAUCUACGAGAAACGGAACGGAAAUAUCGCCAUUUUCUCAGGAAGACGUUACUGGGAGUUCGAUGACAGAUUUCGUUUCGUGAGACGCGGCCGCCUCUCCGACUACGGGAUGCCGUCGCGUGUGCACGAACUGAGCACCGUGUUCAUGUCUAAUUACAACAACAAGACGUAUCUCAUACAGUACGAGAGGUUCUGGCGAUAUGACGAAGACCUCGGUAAAAUGGACAAGGGAUACCCGAAAGACAUGUCAGCGUGGCGACAGCUGCCGUACCCAGUGGACGCGGCCAUGGUCUGGAGGGGAGACACGUACUUCUUCCGCGGGCCUCGUUUCUGGCGGUUCGACAACUUGCUGGUGGCUGCGCACGAGUACUACCCGCUGCCGACUGCACAGGUUUGGUUCCCGUGCGAGCACACGCCAGACAUGGACCGAUACAUCGAAAACGAGGAGCCAUAGACACUAGAGCCAUGAAAAAGUCUACUUUUCAUAUUCCAUAAAUAUAGUUCGAUCUUUGUGACGGCAGGAUGGAACGAUAAGUAUGACGUGGGUGCGAGAGAGAAAGACCAUAUAUGCAUUUGACAUCUGUCAGAGAGAACAAGCUUUAUUUUAUAGACUUUAAAAUUUUUAGAACUGUUCAUUUAAUCCAUGUAUUUUUUUCUGCACAAACUUGUAAAUAAUAUCAUGUAGCUAUAGAAUUCGAUCAACUUUAUACUAAAUUGACAGAGACCAAAAUAAAAAUAAACUAUAUUUUAUACUAAACUUUGCCAUAAUUAUGACCAUUUACAAUGAGCAGUUUAUAUUGAAGGAUCGUGUGCUUUAUUGCAAAUCCAUUAAGAUUCGUUUUCGAACGGAUGGACGAUUUGUUUUAGACACAACGGGAUCGCAAGUCUAUGUUGUAGAGAAAAUAUGAUCACUAAAAGUAAGGCGUUUAAGAAAAGAUCUUAAAAGUUAUGAAAAUAAAAGGAUGAUUUCGUUAAAAAUAUAUCACUUUAUUAAGUUGAAAAUCACAUAAAAAUAAGGUGACCAAAAACUGUUUUUGUUCAGUGCGUUCGGAAUGUACACCUACGAACCUAAACUUUCCUUUAAAAGAAAUAAAAACACUGGUAUCAUAAUACUACGGCCAAAAAAACCGCGAACAUAAAUCUAUAUCUAUGACUCGUACAUCAGUGUUGCCCACUGUAAAGAUAAACUAAAAGUGCGUUGUUCUUUAUGGAUUUUUUAUGAAAUAAAAUAAAAAAGAAAAUAUAAUUACUUGUUGAUUAGAUUCGAUGCAAAACCUUAACUUAACUGCAAAUAAAUACUUAAAGUUCAACAUUAUAAAAUAUGCAGGAUGGCAAUAUACGGACAUGACAGAGACAGAUAUAGGUUUAUGAUGUGGCAGUUGGUUUACUAAUAAAUAACGUAAUCUACCUAAUAUCGUUCAGGAAUUCAACAACAUAUACAAUUUGAUCGCUUAUAAUUUUUGAGACAACAAUUUUAAUACAUUUCUUUUGAAUAGUUCUUUAAUUAAAAACAAAAUGUGGACUGUCUAGCACCAAAUCAUUUAACGUUUCUAUAUAUUUCUACAGCCUCGAUUUUUAGAACAAACUGAAAAAAAGGAACACUGAAAGUAAAUGCUAACUCACUACAAUUUCACUGAAUAAGUAGCGAUUCUCUUUAUAUUCAAAUUAUUUUUUUAUUCAUUAUUAUGGGACAUUUCGAACGUCACUAAAUAAUAUUAAAAUUAAAGAACUUGUUGGUACUCAUUGUCAUGUGAACAUAAUAUAUGAGUACUCAACAACCGUGAGUCGGUUUCUACAACCAAGAUGCGUUCUACAAUUAGGAAUAGACGAUAUUGGAAGUACGUAAUAUUUUUAGCGCCAACAAAAUUAACUUAAUUUAGAAAUCACAGACCAAUCACGUAUCACAUUCAUGUUACAAAAUAUUUAACAAUAAAUUUCAAAAAAACUCAUCACAAAAAGUUAAUUUUGCUGACGCCCCUUAUUCAAUGAAAUUGCGCUUUAAGUAAAGAAUUUACAAAGUGAAAGACAAGUUAAAUAAAAAAAACUUCAUACGAUCACUUCAUAUUGCUGUCCCUCAUGCAUCGUAUCGGCAAGACAAGGACGGCAUUACAAAAUGUCAAUAUGACAUUAACUUUUGGAAAAAUUAAAGUGCGGUUUAUGUUAACAGUGUGAUCUACGCCUAAACACGAAUAACAUAUAUCAACAAUAAUACAUUUGGUUAUAGUCCUUUUGAAGUUGUGCAACGUAAUUAGAUGCAUACAUACAUAUAAUCACGUCUUAUAUCUCUUGCGGGAUAGACAGUAAGAAGUCUUGAAAGGACUGAUAGGCCACAUUCAGCUGUUCAGCUUAAUAUGGAAUUGAGAUUCAAAUAGUGACAGGUUGAAUUGUGAUUAUUCUUUUAGGCGAUGAGCUAGCAACCUGUUACUAUUUAAAAUUGAAUUCUAUCAUUAAGCCAAACUGCUAAACGUGGCCUCUCAGUCUUUUCAAGACUGUUAGCUCUGUCUACCCCGCAUGAGAUUUAGACGUGAUUGUAUACAACACAAUAGUGAAAGGUUGCUAGCCGAUCGCCUACAAGAAGAAUCUAGAAGUUUAUUAGCCUUUCUCAUAAAAAGACAUUUGACAUGCAUUUGUUCCCGGUUUUGGUUUAGACAAAAUACUACGGUGUACACGUCCCGUGCAACGAACACAAACAGACAAUAAAUAGAA